AUGGAGGGCCCGCUCCCUUCUUCGACUUUAUGUCUGGUUCUUGAACGAAGGCUUGAUGUCCAUGCUGCACAGACAAAAAGAACCCGUGAGAGGGCGGGGACCGGUUCCCCCGUGGUUCCUCCGAUGGUCAAAUGUCAACUUGCGAUCAAAGGGGAAGUCACUUCGGUAUGGGAGAGGACGUCUCCGCAAUAUCCGGAAAAUGAUAGAUGGAUGUGGCAGAAGGCACGUGGGCAUACUGAAUCAUCCCUCAUUAUACAGGUGUCGGCUGGCGACUGGAGGGGAAGUCACUUCGUUGUUGGCAGCAAUGAACAAAUUAAGGAACCACAUGUUAUAAAUGCAUCGGACAGUGAUUUUGGGGAAGAUGGAAUGGACGAAGUUAGCUCGAUUCCUUUUGAAUCACCAGGUGGUGGUAUGUAUUGGAAACCUCGGGUUGGAGCUGAAUUUAAACCUUAUCUAAACCAAAGCUUCCGAUUACUAGAGGAUGGUAUAGAGUUUUACCGAGAGUAUGGACGUAAAAGUGGGUUUGAGAUCAGACGGCAUACGGAGAAGAAACAUGAGGACGGUACAGUUCUUCUUAAACACAUUGUUUGCAGUAGAGCUGGCAGCAAUGAAUCAAAGAUGGAUGUUGAUUUUGAUGAUUUUAGUAGCAGUUCGAAAAAGAGAAGGAGAACUGUAUCUAGUAGAUGUGGUUGCAAAGCUAAAGUCGUGUUUAAGUUUGAUGGUUUGAAAGGAUAUAAUGUUCUCUCAUUUGUUGAAGAGCAUUCUCAUUUUUUGGUCUCCGGUAGUGGGAAACAAUUUUUGAAGUCAAAUAGAGUUCUCGGUCUCGCACAUAAGAAACUUGUAUUUGAUGGAGCAAAAGCCAACAUGGGGCCUAACAAAACAUAUAACUUUGCUAAGGAGUUGUGUGGAAGUUAUUCUAAUGUUGGUGCUACGUGUACCGAGUUUAAAAAUUGGAGUAGGGAUGUGAAGCUUUAUAUUGGUGAUCGAGAUGCUCAAAUGAUCAUCGAGAAGUUCACGGAUAAGAAGGAGAUGAGUGAUGGAUUUUUCUAUGAUUAUGCAGUUGAUGAAGGCGGUCGAUUAACUCGCAUCUUUUGGGCAGAUGUUAUUGGGCGAAGAAAUUACGAUGUAUUUGGAGAUGUGAUAUCAUUUGACUCUACAUAUUCCACAAACAAGUACAACAUGAAGUUUGUUCCAUUUACUGGUCUCGACAAUUAUAAGAAGUGUGUUGUAUUUGCAGCAGGAUUGAUAGCUAAAGAGGACAUUGAUAACUAUGUCUGGAUUUUUGAGGUAUUCAUGAAAUGCAUGAUUCGCGAGCCAAAGUGUAUUGUUACAGAUCAGUGCCCUACCAUGAAGCAAGCUAUACCAACCGUCUUUACAGAAGCACGUCACCGUUUGUGCAUGUGGCACAUCAUGAAGAAAUUUAACCAAAAGUUGGCAAAAUGCAUUUCGAAGAUGGAUGAUUUCAAGAGGAAGAUCAAUGCACUGAUUUGGAGUAUAGAUAUAGAUCCAGCAACAUUUGAAGUCGGUUGGAAAGAUGUUAUGAAAGAAUAUAAGCUUGAAAGUAAUGAAUGGUUGUGUGAACUGUAUAACAUUCGGGAGUCAUGGAUUCCAGCCUAUUAUGCUGAUGAUCCAAUGGCCGGUUUAUUGCGGACUACAUCAAUAUCAGAGAGUGAGAACAGUUUCUUUGACAAAUUCAACCGUAGAUCUGACACAUUGACAGAAUUUUAUCUCCGAUACGAGAGUGCUAUGGAGAAGCAAAGGCAUACAAACGCAAGAUUAAACUAUGAAGGAACAAAGUCGAUGCCAAGAAUGGACACGCCAUUGUUAUUGGAGAGGGAUGCAGCAGAGUUGUACACUCGAACAAUGUUUUAUGAGGUACAGAAAGAGAUAAUGUCAUCCUGUUAUGAUAUGAGCAUCGACAGUAUAUCAGAAGAAGAUGUUGUGAAGAUUUUUUCCUUAAAGGACAAAAAGAGACAUGGAAAAAUAUUUGAGGUGAAACACGCUUACUUGAACAAUGACGUGCAAUGUACGUGUAGGCUGUUUGAGAAAAUAGGUAUAGUAUGUAGACAUGGUUUUUUUGCACUGAACCAAGCUGAUGUAACAAAAAUACCAAGACAUCUUGUUGUGAACCGAUGGACAAAAGGUGCUGAGAUGAGGCAUUCAUUGCAGUUCAAGGAAAUAUCAGAACAGUGCAAUGCAAUUGAAGUUACAAAUCGCAAGUUGAAUGACAUAUGGUAUGAUUUCCAAUCCUGUGUGAGUUUGGCAGGUUUAGAUGGUGAGAGACUUGACUACCUGGAAGGGAAGUUGAAGGAGUUGAAGCACAGUUUGCGUGAAUCUAGUUGGAAAUCUGACACACAGAACAAAAAUGAUGUAAUGGAGUUUUUUGUUGGCUCAAAAAUACCAGCGGAAGUGAUCGUUAAACCUCCCAUUGAAGGUAGAAACAAGGGGUGUGGACGGAGAAUUGUUGGUGAUUAUGAGAAAUCAAUUACUCAACGAAAGAAAAAGGUGCCAAGGCUGUGUAAUAUGUGCAAAAAAAUCGAUUUCCAUGACGCACGGACAUGCCCAUUAAAGAAAACAAUACAGCAGAGUGAUGUUUAA